AUGAAGAUUUAUGAAGAUUCAAAGUCAAGGAAACCAAAGGCUCUCACAUGUCUUCAUUCAGCACUUUUAGAUGUGAUUUUCACAAGAAUAAUGACUUGUGAAAUACCUAAAGAAGCAUGGGAGAAGCUAAAAGAGGAGUUCGAUGGAAGUGAUAGAGUGAAGGUUGUCAAACUCUUAACUCUCAAAAGAGAAUUUGAGAUGUUAAGGAUGAAAGAAGGAGAUACUGUGAAAGAGUAUUCUGCCAAACUUAUGGAAAUUGUAAACAAAAUAAGGUUGUUUGGUGAAAUCUUUCUAGAUUCAAAAGUGGUAGAGAAGAUGAUGAUAAGCUUACCAGCAAGGUUCGAGUCCAAGAUUUUAGCAAUAGAGGAAUCUUGUGAUUUGAAGACUUUAUCGGUUGCAGAACUGAUCAGCAAGUUGCAAGCCCAAGAACAAAGAUCAAGUAUAAGAGAUGGAGAAGUAGCAGAAGUGGCAUUUCAGGCACAAUAUAAAGGCAAGCAGCCUAUGAAGGACAAUAGAAGGAUGGAAGGAGAUAAAGUAGCAAAGGGAAAACCAUGGAAGGAAUCUUCAAAGAAAGGGAAGUUUCCACCUUGCAACCAUUGUAAAAAAACCAAUCAUCAAGAAAAAGACUGCUGGUUUAAAGGAAAUCCAUCCAUUCAAUGUAGAUUCUGUAAAAAAAUGGGUCAUAUUGAGAAAAAUUAUAGGGCCAAGCAGAAUCAACCACAACAACAUCAUGCGCAGUAG